GAUUCACCUACUAUGUGUAUACUUUAAUUAGCCCGUUUCUUAAUAACUUAUAGCACGAACGUUUAGUAAUCUGCUUGGGAAGACAGUUAUGAGAUAAACGUAACUUCUUCCUAAUUACAAAAUAAUGGGCACUUAUUGAAAUGCUUUUUCUCAUUAUUUUUCACGUUCCCCUGUACUUAAAGUCAGCCAUAACCGUCGCACAUUCCUACUUUAAUAGGAUUCUUUCACCGGCUAAGUGUAAAUGAUGUGCAAGUUAUUGCUGAUACUUAGCUUUUCUCUCAGCCUAUAUGCGCAAAAUCGACCGGACCCACGCAUUGUUGGCGGAUUUCCAGCUGAUAUAGCCAACAUUCCGUACAUAGUGUCCAUCCAACUGUUUGGGAUCCAUCACUGCGGCGGUUCAAUCGUCAGUAGGCAAAUCAUUUUAACUGCUGCCCAUUGUUUGGGUGAAGUUUCGCCCCGUCUGCUGAAAGUUAAGGUUGGUGGCACUUCGCGGAAUCGUAAGGAUGGAGUACUAUACUCAGUGGCCGAAGUGCACAGCCAUGAGAAGUACAAUGCCAAGACCAUGGACUAUGAUAUCGGAGUGGUUCGAUUGACCAAGAACCUGACAUUGUCCAACAAGAUAAAGGUUAUACCUGUGAGCCGUAGCAGGAUAGCAGAUGGCACUUAUGCCACCAUUGCCGGCUGGGGAUUCAAGUCCAUGAAUGGCGCUCCGUCGGACAAUCUGCAAUAUGCCCGAGUUCCGAUCGUAAACCAGACCGCCUGCAGAACACUACUGGGCAAAGGGGUCACGGAUCGGAUGCUUUGUGCAGGAUUUCUUCGCGGCGGCACGGAUGCCUGCCAGAUGGACUCCGGCGGACCCUUGUCGGUCAGGGAGCAACUGGUGGGCAUCGUGUCCUGGGGAGUGGGGUGCGCCCUGGCCGAUAAGCCCGGCGUUUAUUCACGCCUAGAUGCGUUGUACCCCUGGCUGAAGAAGUUUAUAAGUUAACUCGCCUAAAAACAAUAACUUAAUAUUGGUUUUUACGAGCGUGAGACUAGCGCACAGCAGCAGCACAUGGGCACAUUAAAAUAAAAGCUUUCACUUUAACUACCUGUAUGUAGAUUUGAUCGUAAAAGUGCAUUGAGGUUCGCAAACAUGCCAAGAAAUUAUUACCAUAAAGUUUUAGUGCCACUAAACUAAGUUUCCAAUUUAAAUUUCUGAGUCUCGCAAAUUUUCAUUAUUUUCUUUCAUAACGAAGUUUGAUAUUCUUGAUUCUUUAACUGCCAAUUCGAAAAUUAUCUAAAUGUUCGAUUGAUUCUUGGUAAUUAAGUUGCCACUUUGAAAAUUCGAAUGAAGAAAAUAAAUAGUUUUACUCCACAGAAUUCUCAAGCAUUUUUUGAAGUUGAAAUGUAUUAGUUAAAGAUU